UCGACGCGGUCAUACUGAAUAGCAAGAUGGCGUAUAAAGAUUUGUAAAAUCGUCGAAAAAAUCUAUGUGAAAUUGCCGAGAAAAUUGUAAAGAGCUCAUCGUCGAUGAAAAUCUCGAAUUAGAAAAAGCAGCAGCAGCAGGCAAGGGUGAAGAGGCAGCGACGCCAGCAGAGCAGCAGCGGCAGCAGCAGUGGUAAAGGAAGUGGAAAGAGAGGAGUUCCUCAAAAAGAAAACAAGAAAAUCAUAACAAACAACCGGAAGCGACUGCCUUAAGAAAAAUCGGAGAAAGAAGAGUUUUGACAAAAGGACAGCGCCAGCGGAAGGCAACGCACGUCGUCGCCAAAAAAAAGGAACUCACCACUUCCGAGGUAAUCUCACUCUGCACACAACACACAGACAGACAUCCGCAAUGGAGCUGCGCGUGGGUAACAAAUACCGGCUGGGUCGCAAGAUCGGUUCAGGAUCCUUCGGCGACAUUUACCUGGGCACUACGAUCAACACUGGCGAGGAGGUCGCCAUUAAGCUGGAGUGCAUUCGCACCAAGCAUCCCCAGCUGCACAUCGAGUCCAAGUUCUACAAGACGAUGCAGGGCGGCAUCGGAAUACCGCGCAUCAUCUGGUGCGGCAGCGAGGGCGACUACAACGUGAUGGUGAUGGAGCUGCUGGGACCCUCGCUGGAGGACCUAUUCAACUUCUGUUCACGCCGCUUCUCGCUGAAGACGGUGCUGCUGCUGGCGGACCAGAUGAUCUCCCGCAUCGACUACAUUCACUCGAGGGAUUUCAUACACCGCGACAUAAAGCCAGAUAACUUUCUUAUGGGCCUUGGUAAAAAGGGCAACCUGGUGUACAUUAUUGACUUUGGCCUGGCCAAGAAGUUCCGGGAUGCACGUUCGCUGAAGCAUAUCCCGUAUCGGGAAAACAAGAACCUCACGGGCACAGCCCGCUACGCCUCGAUCAACACACAUCUCGGGAUCGAACAGUCACGCCGCGACGAUCUGGAGUCCCUUGGCUACGUCCUCAUGUACUUCAAUUUGGGCGCGUUGCCAUGGCAGGGCUUGAAAGCGGCCAACAAGCGACAGAAGUAUGAGAGGAUCUCGGAGAAGAAGCUGUCCACCUCUAUCGUGGUGCUUUGCAAGGGCUUCCCCAGCGAGUUUGUCAACUAUCUGAACUUCUGCCGCCAGAUGCAUUUUGACCAACGGCCCGAUUACUGCCAUCUGCGCAAGCUCUUCCGAAAUCUGUUCCACCGCCUGGGCUUCACCUAUGACUAUGUGUUCGACUGGAACCUACUGAAGUUCGGCGGUCCCCGCAAUCCGCAGGCCAUCCAGCAGGCGCAGGACGGUACGGAUGGCCAGACGGGACACGAUGCGGUUGCCGCAGCAGCUGCUGUGGCAGCGGCAGCCGCCGCCUCAUCGCACCAACAGCAGCAGCACAAGGUCAACGCUGCGCUGGGUGGCGGCGGUGGUGGAGGAGGCAGUGCAGCGCAGCAGCAACUCCAAGGAGGCCAAACACUGGCCAUGCUGGGUGGAAAUGGAGGAGGCAACGGAAGCCAGUUAAUUGGCGGCAACGGACUCAACAUGGACGACUCGAUGGCGGCCACGAAUUCAUCGAGACCGCCAUAUGAUACGCCGGAGCGGCGACCAUCGAUACGGAUGCGCCAGGGAGGCGGUGGUGGCGGCGGCGGCGGUGGCGUCGGCGUGGGUGGCAUGCAAGGAGGCGGGGGCGUGGGGAACGCCAAAUAAUAUUUUAUCGUUUAAAAUGCAACGCUGGACAUGAAACAGUAGACAGACGGAACUCAGCAGCAGCAGCAACACUAUACAUGUAGAAUAUAUAGUUAUAUAUACCUAAUAUAUAUAUAUAUACGAUACUUGCUUUAUAUAUGCGGUAAACACAUGUUGAAUGUAUCCAAAACGGCAGGAGGACCAGGUCCCUGCCGAGAUUUGAAAUGAGAAGAGGUUAAACGAAGGAUAAAAGCAGUGUAAAACAAGAGAGAGGAGCAGAGGCAGUGCAGAGCAAAGCGCAGCGCUUUCCUUCUUAUCUGUUCUUUCCUUAUUUUUUUUUUGUACAUUUUCGUUUUGUUUAUUGACAUUUUUGGUUUCUGCUCCAAGGUGUUCUGAAAAGAGAGAGACGGGGCGCGCUUAUUAUUAUUAAUUAACUAGCCUAUGAUUAAUUUAAUUUAUAAACGUAGACCAUAAAACGAUUGCAACUUGGCUGCAAGAAACUGCAACGACUGCAACAUUGUUCAUUCUGAUUUGAGAUCCUUAGGGGCAUGAGCAGAGGAGCAGCAGAGAUCGGUCUAAGGAUUUUAAAGGGAUUUGGAAGGAUACCAGCCAGGAUGAUACGCAGGCAUUUAUUCUGUUUUGCAUUUGAUAACCGAACUGGCUCUAUUUUUUCGUUGUUAUUUCAAAUCCUUUUUCCCGAUCACAUAACAAUUCGAUUAUAAGUGUAAUAUUUGUGUAAAAGAAACAAAGGACAUCCACGACAACCGUGUGUGUGGGUGUCCCUAGCCCUAGACUAGGCAGUAGCGUAAGCAAAUCCAAUCCAUUCAGAAACAGCAUACAUAUAAAGAAAAACACACCACACCCCAUGUAACCUAAGUUGAAUCACGAUAAUGAUUUAUAGAUAAGCUGAAACACAGUGCAGUAGCAGAGGGUACGUUUCUUUUUAGCUUUAAGCAACGCUCUGAUUUCUAAGACCCCCUCCUAUGUUAUUAAAUCUUGAUGUAACGCCCAAGAAAUCCCCCAUUUAUAUAUACAUAUUAUAUAUAUACUUUUGUGGUCUGCGCUUUAGCUAGAUGUGUUCAUUAUAUAUUUCUCCAACUUUUUAAAUACUUGUUUCUCAAGCCCGAUUCAUUAUUGUUUACGCAAAAGAGUAACACAAAUCGUGUAAUUAAAAGCGUAUUAACAGCGCUUAGGAAUACACAACACAACUUGCAUUAAUGUUUCGAUUUAAACAUACAUAAAAUAAAUACAAAAGAAGGGCUCCUUCAGCAUAACGCUAGCUAAUAAAUUAUAGCUAUAAUAUGAAAUUUGUCUAUAAGUAAUACCAAACCAUGAAAAAAUAAAAAAAAAAAAACAAAAAAAAAGAACAAAACAUAAAUUCUAAAAGCGACAAGAUGAAAAUGGGUAAAAAUUAAAUACAAAAUAUAUAAAUUAAUAUAUUAACUAUAUCUUAUGAGAGAACACGUAAACAAUUAUGUAAAACCCCGCAGUCUAGGAACUAACAACAAAAUCGGAUCACUGAACGCAGCAAAAGCCACUAAAAAAAACUUAAAUAAAAUGCAUUACGUGAUA